AGCAGAGUAAUAUUAAUCCAAUUCUGGGCUCCUAAGGCAUGCCCCUCCAAAAGAGCUAGGGUUCCGUUAAUAAAAGCAAACUUGAAAAAAAUCCUGCUCUAAGAAGAACCUCAAGCCCAUCUAAAAAGAAAAUUACUAAUUACUUUGAGAAAUAAAUUGGAAGAUUGAUUCUCGCUCACGCACACAGUGACAACAUACUGCAUUCCACAUCCCCAGAUCUAAAUGUUUGGCAGACGUGGCACAUCACAAAUCUACCUCUUUUGUCGAUUAAGUAAAAAAGGAGCGCGUUUAAAGAUUUCCUUUACGUUUUCAGUUCUUAUCCUUCCUUCAAGUACCCUAGGUAAUUAUUUGUCUUCCUUCCUCCCUCCCUCCUUCCAGAUUGUGUCCACUAGGUUCUGAGAUAAAAUUUAGAUGAUAUUUCGGAGCCCUCCGAUGACCAGGGCCUAUGAAGAAGGCAUACUCUGUGUCCUACAAUGUGCCAGCCACUGACUGGGGCUUGAGAACUGAAUUGUCCUAAUACAAAAUUCUUGCCCAGAAGCAGAUCAGCCUAGAGAGGAAAACAGCUCUGUAAAUAUAAAAUUACAACCCAAAGCAGGACACACAGGAUGUUAUGGAAAGAUAAAGAUUUAUCCGCUUUCAUAACCUCCCCUAAGUCCAGCGCAUCUAAGCUAUCUGCAUCUCUAGCGCGCAGCGGCGAUUCACAGCUGCAAGGUCGGAGACCCGCGCGGGGAGGAGGCGCGCGGGGAGGAGGCGCGCGGGCGCGGCGGCCGAGGGCGGACGCUCCGGGCUGCUCUCCAUUAGUUUUCCGGCCGGAAGCGGCGGUGCGGCACGGCUGCGCAUGCGCCCCUCACACGUGCUUCCAGAACGCCCACUCCGCCGUUUGGGCCCCGCCGGCACCAUGCUGCGAAUUUCUGUCUUGCGGUUGCUAGGACGCGCGCUGGCGGGUAGGGUCUGGCUCCUGGCGCCCUCUAACCCACGCCUCUACAGUUCGGGCCCUCUAGGUGCUGGCGACCACGCUCGCGAUGCGCACGCUUACUUCACGACACCCAUAUUCUAUGUGAACGCCGCGCCGCACAUUGGACACCUGUACUCGGCGUUACUGGCGGACGCCCUGUGCCGCUACCGUCGCCUCCGAGUUCCCAGCGCCGCCGCCACGCGAUUCUCCACAGGUACCGACGAGCACGGCCUGAAGAUUCAGCAAGCAGCAGCCGCUGCGGGCCUGGCCCCGACCGAGCUGUGCGACCGAGUUUCGGCCCAGUUCCAGCAGCUUUUCCGGGACGCUGGCGUCUCCUCCACCGACUUCAUCCGCACCACCGAGGCCCGGCACCGGAGGGCUGUGCAGCACUUCUGGGGAGUGCUGAAGGCUCGAGGUCUGCUGUACAAGGGGCUCUAUGAAGGUUGGUAUUGCGCUUCCGACGAGUGCUUCCUGCCUGAGGCCAAGGUCACCCGGCAUCCGGGCCCGUCGGGGGAUUCAUGUCCUGUAUCUCUCGAGAGCGGGCACCCCGUCUCCUGGACCAAGGAAGAAAACUACCUUUUCAGGCUCUCCCAAUUCCGGGAGCCGCUCCAGCGGUGGCUGCGCGACGACCCUCAGGCGAUCACGCCCGAGCCAUUCCAUCACACAGUCCUUCAGUGGCUGGAGGAGGAGCUGCCGGACCUGUCAGUCUCUCGCAGGAGUAGCCACCUACACUGGGGCAUUCCGGUGCCCGGGGAUGAUUCGCAGACCAUCUACGUAUGGCUGGAUGCCUUAGUCAACUACCUUACUGUCAUUGGCUACCCAAAUGCUGAGUUCAAGUCUUGGUGGCCAAGCACCUCUCAUAUCAUAGGCAAGGACAUUCUCAAAUUCCAUGCUAUCUAUUGGCCUGCCCUCCUCUUAGGCGCCGGCAUGAACCCACCGCACCGCAUCUAUGUCCAUUCUCACUGGACAGUCUGUGGCCAAAAGAUGUCUAAGAGUUUGGGCAACGUGGUGGAUCCCAGGACUUGCCUCGAUCGCUAUACUGUGGAUGGCUUUCGCUACUUUCUCCUUCGUCAGGGCGUCCCCAACUGGGACUGUGAUUACUAUGAUGAAAAGGUGGUCAAGUUGUUAGACUCUGAGCUGGCAGAUGCUUUGGGAGGUCUCUUGAACCGAUGCACUGCCAGUAGAAUAAAUCCUUCUGGGACUUACCCGGCCUUCUGCUCUACCUGUUUUCCCAGGGAGCCAGGGUUGGUGGGGCCAUCAGCUCGUGUUCAGGCAGACGACUAUGCUCUAGUGAGCGCAGUGGCCACUUUGCCCAAGCAGGUAGCAGACCACUAUGCUAACUUCCAGAUCUAUAAGGCUCUGGAGGCAGUGUCCAGCUGUGUACGGCAAACUAAUGGCUUUGUCCAAAGGCAUGCACCAUGGAAGUUGAACUGGGAGAGCCCAGUGGAUGCUCCCUGGUUGGGUACUGUGCUUCAUGUGGCCUUAGAAUGUUUGCGAGUCUUUGGAACUCUGCUCCAGCCUGUCACCCCAAGCCUAGCUGACAAGCUGCUCUCCAGGCUGGGGGUCUCUGCCACAGAGAGGGGCCUUGGAGAGCUCCAUUUCUUGCCUCGAUUUUAUGGACAUUCUUGCCCUUUUGAAGGGAGGAAGCUGGGACCUGAAAGUGGGCUCUUGUUUCCACGCCUGGACCAGUCCAGGGCCUGGUUGGUGAAAGCCCAUAGGACCUAGAAACAGCUCUUACUGGCUUGCAAAAAAGCAAAUGUGUUACUUUCUUAUUUUGCAUUUUCAAUUAAGUUAUACUAAUGUUUUCUAAAGUGUUCCAUCAAAUGAGCACGUAAGUGAUGUCCCUGUGAAAAGAGGUUUGUAACCUUUCUGUUGCCUACUCCCUACUCUAAUUCUCUGUGCCCAUUAACCACUGUCCUUUGCACACCAGUGUCCCUAAGAUGUCUCUAGGGAAAGAUGGGUAAGAGACAAUCUUGCUGAUAGGCACCUUCUCAUUGUGCCUCCUUUCAAACAAUAGUUAUUUGCCCAGACUACCUCUCAUGGCUUGUUUUCCAUUGGCCUGGCCUCUGCUGGACAAAUUGGUGUGGGAUUGGAGGCUCCGUACCUCACUUUUAGUCCUACUUUGUUAUAUAGGUUAGAUCUCCUGUUAAAAAGGGAUUCUUUCUGUAAACCUUUAAAAAUCAGUAUCUUAGACUAGAUGAUUUUUGCCCACGUUUUUUAUUAUUGGUUUUUAAAACCAUGACUCCCUGUACUUUGUUCAAUAGUUGUGCUUUGUAACAUUACACUUCAACCACUAGAUGGCUCUAGUCUCACAUUGAAUUACUUAACACAGGUUUCAGAAUCUUUAGAAUUAGUUUUCUGCUUUUCUAAUUUCACAGAAUUAAAAUUUUUUUUUUUAUUUUCUUAACACAAGGGGUAACUGCAACCACUGCUGCUUUACAGAAAGCAAUAAAAAAGAUCAAACUCCUCAGGUUUUUUCAGACUACUGAAAAAGGAUAUUUACUCUAUUUAGUAAGCUAAUAAGUAAAUGUAUCAAGUUUGUUUGGCCUAUUUAUGAUAAAUGGUAACGCUCUCUUGAGGUACUUGGUGUGUUAAACAUUUUAAACUUUAAUAACAGAUUUAGAAGUAUGAUUUAAAAAAAUUAGUUCAAAAGGGCAUUAUUUUCUUUGUAUUUCUUAGUCUUAAUUUUGUUAUUCACAUACAUAAUUUGCCUUAUAUGAUUUCUUUUGGUCAGUCAGGAUCUAAAUACAAUAUAGAAAUUAUGGAAUAGUUAUUGUAAAGGUUAAUACAUUUACUUUUAAGUUUUUUUUUUUUUUAAAGGAGGGUACAGCUCCUUUUUUUUAAGGAGGGCCCAUGCGGGAAUCGAACUGGCAACCUUGGUGUUAUCAGCACCAUGCUCUAACCAACUGAGCUAACCGGCCACCCCAUUAAGUACUUUUUACUGAUGAUUUCUUUUCCUAUUUUAACUUGUUAUUAAAGUUUAAAAGUUUGUUAAGUACCUUAUUCAGAUGUUUUGUUGCAUUUGUUGAAGGUGAUGGUGAAGGGAGGAAAUGAUCAAUGCUCCAAGAAUCUCAAAUUGGAUUUAGGGAUCUCUUCAAGGCUCCAUAAGAGAACAUCACAGAGAAAAUGUUAAGGUAUCAAUUUAUACAAUGGCUGCAACACAGUAAGCCAGCAGUUGUAUCUCACAGGUGAUUGGACAGCUGGGCCGAAGUUUCAAAUGAGAACUUGCCUUGAAAUACCCAUUCUAAGCAUGGUAGCAAGCGGAGAGGCCUCACUGUGAAGUCAACUGUUGCGCUGCUCGUUCCCCCGGAUUUAUUCUGCAUGCUACUGUUCAAUUCCAGUUUCUGUUUAUCAGUGUGACGAAAGAUUUUUGUUUGCUUGGAAACACUGCUUGAAGGCAUUCUAAAGGUGGAAGGAUUUUUCUACAAAUGUUCCUUGAGACCAUUAUUCUUAAUAAUGGAAUCCUGGGCUUUCCAUAUGACAUAUUCCAGUUACCUGCUGCGAUUACUAAGGCAGAUUACUAAGACCUAGGAUGGAGUAUAAUAUCUCCUAGGGCUGGACAGAGUAGAGUGGUGAAAAAGAUGGAUAACGGAAAACAGACUUGGAAAACCAGUGGAAUUGGUAACUAACCUCUGCCCUGUUAGCAGUCUUACAGUUCUAUCACACAGAGAAGGUGUCUUCUUUCCUAUGACCUAAUGCUGGUCAAUACACUGGACCUUGGCUUUCUGGGUGUUAAUGGAGUCUCUUGUGUGUCUGUCAUUUGUGCAGGCAUUUAACUGGCUAUCAGAAUAUUUGUGCUACUGGAGGGCACAAUAAAAUAGGGGAACCAAAAAGGAGAGGGCAUAGUUAUUACAAAAGACAAGAUAUUUUGAGUGGAGAGGUAUGCUUUGAUCUGACUUAUUCUGUGGUGGGUGAUAUAGAAGAUGAACCAGUUGGCUUUUCUGUAGGAAGUAAAGCAAAUGUCCUUUGGGUACUUAAUAUUUAAGAAUGGCAAGUAAAACUUAAAACUGGAGGGCAUGCACUUCCAAGAGGGCAUCCUAACUACUUCUGGGAGAUGAUGAUGAUAAAUUCAUAGACAUCUAAGAAUGGCCCUUCUCCAGAACUGUUAACACCUUACCUGGCAUCUAUGGAUCCUUUGACCACAAAGGAAGUUUCUCCCAAGUACUACCCUGAGGCUCUCAAAUUUUCAUUUUAGGUUCUUCUUGGAGGCAGUGUUGCAGGAGGCUAUGAUAGAGCACUGAUCAGGUGUUUACAUUAUAGUAGUAAUAACAAGCUGUCAACUCAGUAGACUACAGUUCUCUCUGAAGUCAUGCAAAAGUUGUGGGCAAUGUAUAGUUAAGUGGCGCCACUGUAUAUUGGAGGGCUAUUGCAUAAGUGAACUCAUAGAUUAGGAACCUCUGAGGUCAGAAGACCUGUGGCUAUAUGGAGGUCAAGAAUACAGGAACAACAAAUAGAUACAAUCUGAUUUCACUGAAAUCCCAGUUACUUUGCAAGUAGGCCAUAUCAUUUUUCUCUUAAGGACUGUGUGACUGUAGGGGCUGAGAAGAGCUUGUUAAAUUGACUAUUACGUUGAUGCAAAAGUACUCAGGAUGGCCUACACUGCAACAUGGGCCCUGGGGCACAGGUCUUGGUUUUUUGCACAGUGUACCUGUGAUUGGGACAUAGCUCUUUGGGACAUAGAUCUGGGAAGUUCCAAAACCGAAGUAAAGGCAGUAGUUGGAUGACUUACAAUCCUAAAUAGCUUGGGCAGCACAUGGUAGUACCAGGCAUUCAACAGAUUCCUCCUUGGGCAUUAUGGUAGGGAUGGUUUCCUGGACCUCUGACUGCCCUACCCUCAGUGAGUAUGUAGUUACAGUGUUGGCCUGCAUUAGUGUAACCUUGAGUUAUGGGAGAGACCAUGCCUCUUAACCAAGAUUUGGUUCAUCAAGCUGCUGUAUGAUAAUUUACAUUUGCCUCCUGGAGGCAAUUCCCCCAUAGUUCUAUCAGAUAUAGAACCACUGUUUUUGUUGGUGAGGUCUGGGGUGCUGUAAAUCGUGGUGGUCCUUGCCCUCUUUUGCCAGAGUGAAUAAUUUAUCACUGGACCUAAAAGGGUGUGGACAUAUUGACAGCCAUGUGUCUAUUUCUGCAGCAAAGGUUUACUAGUUCCAAGAGCUUGGGGGGAGCUAGGGCACAAGUUAAGGUAACCAAGAGCCCAGGUUAGAAGGAUCAGUUCUUGAAGAAAGCCUGUGAGCCCCUUGCAAAACUAAGACAGUAUGAAGUAUAUCAUUUCAGCACUACACAGCUUGCCCUGCCCCUCCUCUUAUAGGAACUUUGGAUAGAAUUGGUUAACUUUUCUCAAUAGUAACAAACCAAAUUUGGAGGUUAACAUUGCUGGAAGGGCCACAAGAGUAACAACCGAGUUAAUUAAAGUUAAUUAGUGGGGAUUUUAACUUUCUGAGCAGACUGUCUUAUUCUUUUUUGAGACAGAGGAUAAAAGAAGCCAGCCCUAAGCUGCUUUCCUCUAUCACCAAGAAGUACUUUGAGCUUGAGGGGAAGGGACUAACCCAUUUGGUACCCAUUUGGUGUAGCAUAAUGAUACUAACCUCCUUAUGCUGUCCCACUCCUAAGGCUGUGCCUUGUGUGUGUGUACCCCUCAUUAGUUGACAGUCACUGGUUUGUGCAAUUUAACAUGAAGAUGAAUCUUCAAAAACUAGUUUAUGAUCAGCUGUUAUAGAUUGGAAUCAUCGUUCUAUUCUCUUAAUUCAAUACAGUCAAUAAAAAUUUGACCACUUACACAUUUUUCCUGAUUAAAAUAUUUUUAAAAGGGUAAUAUCUUUAAAACACAUUCAGUAAGAUAGUUUCAGUAAUUUGGCUUUCUUUGAACUAAUCAAGAAGUGUGUUGGUUAGAAAGCUAUAAAUAUAAAAAAUAUAGAGUUAAUAAGCAUAUUACACAUUUAGGUUAAUCACUAAAAUAAUACAAAUAGAGUGUAUUUCUUUUAAGUCAAAUGAAAAUAAAUGUUAAAGAAAACAAUCUGACAGAAGACAGGAAAGAGAAAAAAAGGGCAAAGAAAAAUAAAAAAUACUGUAAAAGAAAACCCAUAAUACGGCAGAAAAUAUACAAAUGUAUCAGUAAUUAUAAUAAAAAUAAAACAUCAUGGGAUGAAUCUUUUGCCAAAAGACAGCAGUGUUCAAGCUUAUAUUUAAAAAGUUAGCUAUAUGUAAUUAAAAGUUAAAUGCUUAAACGUAACAGAAAAUACAACAUGAAGAAACACUAGGCAUAUAUUAACCAAAAGAAAGCUGGUGUCUUAACAGUAGACAAUCUAUAUUGAAGGGAAAACCAUUACUAAAGAUAAAGUGAAUCUAUAAAAGGAAUAACAUAUCAACAAAUUAUAAGAAUGAUGAACUUGUAUGAUUGAAUAACUUAGCCUCAAAAUGUAAAAAGCUAAAGCUGAAAUUGAAAAGAAAGGAAAUGUUCAAAAAAAUUAAACUGCCUUUCAUGCGUUCAGAGAAACCAUGCAAUGAGAAACUAAAAAUACAGUAACUUACACUGGACAUUCGCAUUUCAGUCUGUAAUGUUCACUACCAAGUGGAUCAUCACUGCUAAGUGUGAAAAAAAUAAAAACGUUAUCUCAGGCAAGGUUUUGUGACUAAAAUUUUGUCUUCCAUGCAUGCCUCAUGGCAAAUAAUUUGCUUUUUGAAUAGAAAUGUCAGCAACUAUACUAUCUGUUCAGUAAAUCUUCUAUGCAUUAUUAAAAAGGGAGAAUCUCACGGCCAUAAUUUUGCCACAUUUUCUAAUUGUUAAGUUCAGUAAUAAGCAAAGUUGAAGGGAGAGAACCAACAGUUCUAUGUUCAUCAUUUGUGUUUGCUCACUUUCCCCAUCAACUCUGUGAGGUAUUAUUCUUUCUCCGUUUAACUGACGAGAAAUUGAGGCACAGAGAUUAAGUAACUUGGCUAAGGUUAUACAGUUUGUAAAACAGGAGAGCCUAGACUCAGACUUGUCUUGGUGCCACAGCUUUGGCACCCUCCUUCGCACCAGCAGCACAAUCAAUCAUGAGUAUCUACUGAAGUUGAAGGCACUCUGUUGUGGGGAAGAGGAAGCAGUAUAAUCAGGUCCAAAGACCUGAAGAUGAGAACUCGGCUAAAUACGAAUCCUUAAUUGAAAUACAUCAAUGAGUGUUUGAAGAUGAGGAAUUAAUAGGUGUUGAAAGCUGAUUGUGAAACAGAUGACUGCCGAAAUACUUAGAAUGAUACAGUUCUCUUUUCCUUUUAGGAGUUUCCUUUAUUAUCCUAAGCCAGUUUAUGCGUGCUCGUAUAAAUUUAAAAAAAUUUAAUAACUCUAAUAGUCUCUAUUUUUCUUUUUCCUUAAGAUUAUUUUGUUUCUUAUUUUCAGAACAGUGCUCUAAAUUCUUGACUCCAACAGUUCCCUAAGUGAAAGUAUGUUAUCGUAAAUUCAUGAACCUUAAGUAUUUUGAAAUAACAUUUUACUAAUUGAUGCUUAAAAUACACAUUUAUAUCUAUACAUGAAAACAUAUCAAUAUUCAGAAGUUUUAUUUGAAUUAACUAGUAUAAUAACAAGGCCAAAUAAUUUUAUUAGGGGUUACAAACACUGAAACUUUUCCUUUCAUACAUAACAGGUUUAAUACAAAGGAACUUAAUUAGUAGACAUCUAUUUACUAACAAUUUAUGUUCUAUGAAUUUACUGAACACUUAUUACUGUAUUUUUAUGACAUCUUUCCUAACAAGCCUGCAGAAACCAGAUUAAACGCCUUUUGACUCUAGUUCUUACCAAAGCAAAUAUCACUGUUAGCUAAAAUGUCACAUAUUGGAUAAUUCCUGGUAAAUUAUAAUCUCAUAUAUGACAGUCAAAACAUGUUCUAAUUUCCCCAAGUUAGAGAGACUUUAUUGUGGAUUGCUUAAGACUACUCUGUUAUAUAUUUUUUAUGAAAUGUAGCUAUUAUGUUGGAUAUGGGCUACACCUUGAAGAAGUGUGAUAAAACCUGUUUAUAUAGAACUCUUAGUUAUCUAAAUUGUAUUUUUAAAAAUGUAACAAAAGGUAUGAAAGUCGUUGCAAACUUGGAAGGCCAAGAAUACCUACAUUAUUAUUCUGUGCUUUAAAUGGUUUCUUCAGAACUCUGUUUAAAUUCAAGCAACACAGUCCCAUAGUUAGCAAGGCAUGACGGGCACUUUUUCAGUAUUUUUUUUGCAUGGUAGAUUAUGACUUGCUGAUAGAAUCAGACUGAUGCAUUACAAAUAAUAUAUGGCAUUUUUUGAUUGCCUUCAAAAAUCAAUAAAGGAAUUUAUAAAGAUUUUCAUAAAGCAAAGACUAUUCAAUCCUACUAAUUGAAAUUAUUGCAUUAACUUUAAGUUUCUAUUAAACUUAUUUUAUGGAAACUCCCUACAUUUUUGAAAGCAAAACUUUUUAGUCCUGAGUUUAGUUUCAUUUAUAACUCAUUACUGGAAUGUAAUUAAAUAAAUCAAGUUACAAUGUGUAAGAAGUCUAUUUUGGUAUAGAAGAAAAUCGUUAAGUACUAAAAUAAAAUGUAUUAUUGAAAAUAUGUAUGGUUAAUUGCAUGAAAGUGGAUGGUUGGAUUUUCACUCCAUUUUAGGAUUUGGAAGGAGUAGUCUUUGCUACUAUUAAUAUUCAUUAUGAUAUUAUCUAGUAUAAAAAUUGUUAAUAAUCUUCAAAAUAGAAAAUUUUUUCUUAUUAAAAUGUCCAUAUGAAAAUCACCCUCCACAAGGUAGGUAGUUAAU